GCAUCAUGUCUGCGGCGGCUGCAGCUCGGAAGCGGGGAAGGUCGGGCUCGGGGGUGGGGGCCGCUGCGGGGGCCGGCAAACGGCGGAGAAAGGCCGAGUCUGCUGGGGACAGGGGCAAAGCCAAGGCCAAGGGUGGCGGCAGGAUGAAUGAAGAGAUCUCAAGCGACUCCGAGACCGAGAGCCUGGCUCCGAAGAGGACAGAGGAGGUGGAGGAGGAGGAGGAGCUGGAAGAGACCGCACAGGAGAAGAAGCUGCGCUUGGCCAAACUCUACCUUGAACAGCUCAGGCAGCAAGAGGAGGAGAAGGCCGAGGCCCGGGAGUUUGAAGAGGACCAGGUGGCCGGGCGUCUGAAGGAGGAUGUGCUUGAACAGAGAGGAAGACUGCAGAAGUGCGUUGCACGGGAGAUCCAGACCCCAGACCCUGCUGCCAUUCGAGUGCUACGAGGCCACCAGCUCUCCAUUACGUGUUUGGUUGUUACCCCUGAUGACUCGGCCAUCUUCUCUGCUGCCAAAGACUGCACCAUCAUUAAGUGGAGCGUAGAGAGUGGACGGAAGUUGCACGUGAUACCUCGAGCCAAGAAGGGUACAGAAGGACAGCCAACUGGGCACAGCACCCAUGUCCUGUGUAUGGCCAUCUCCUCCGAUGGCAAGUACCUGGCUUCUGGUGACCGCAGCAAACUCAUCCUCAUUUGGGAGGCCCAGAGCUGUCGUCACCUGUAUACCUUCACAGGGCACCGGGACGCUGUGUCGGGUCUGGCGUUCCGCAGGGGCACCCACCAGCUCUACAGCACGUCCCACGACCGCUCGGUGAAGGUGUGGAAUGUGGCCGAGAACUCCUACGUGGAGACGCUCUUCGGGCACCAGGACGCCGUGGCCGCACUGGACGCCUUGAGCCGGGAAUGCUGCGUGACCGCCGGGGGCCGGGAUGGGACCGUGCGCGUGUGGAAGAUCCCCGAAGAGUCGCAACUCGUCUUUUAUGGCCACCAGGGCUCCAUUGACUGUGUCCACCUGAUCAACGAGGAGCAUAUGGUGUCGGGCGCUGAUGAUGGCUCUGUGGCCCUGUGGGGUCUCUCCAAGAAGCGGCCGCUCGCCCUGCAGCGGGAAGCUCACGGGAUACGGGGUGAGCCUGGGCUGGAGCAGCCCUACUGGGUGUCUUCAGUGACUGCGCUGCUCAACACAGACCUCGUAGCUACAGGCUCCCAUGACUCCCGUGUACGUCUUUGGCAGUGCGGGGAAGGCUUCCGGCGAUUGGACCACGUGUGUGACAUCCCAUUGGUGGGCUUUAUCAACAGCCUCAAGUUUUCCAGCACUGGGGACUUUUUGGUGGCCGGCGUGGGCCAGGAACACAGGCUUGGCCGAUGGUGGCGACUCAAAGAAGCCCGGAAUUCAGUGUGCAUCAUCCCCCUCCGCAGGACCUCAGUGCACCCAGCCGCCGGCUCCUGACACCCUGCACCUCCUUAUUUAAAUCCUGUCCAGACCCUGCCCCUCUCUUUGUAUUAAAAGCCUUCCAUUUUG